ACAGCUGAGGCAAACAACAGAUCGGAAAAGCUGCAGAGUGAACAACAGAACAAACAUGAACAGCCUCCUCUCCAGGGAUGCCCAGCUAAAAAGCAUGGAGCAGACGGUAAAACAUGCUGACAAGUACCUGGGUGAGAUCUGCUCCCUGCUGGCUGCCUACACCAGGAAGUCAGCCAAGCUCAGAGACAAGGCCGACCUGCUGGUAGCUCAGCUGUUUGAUUUCUCAGGCACAGAGGGCCCCGAGCUCCAGACUGGCCUCAAAAACCUGGCAGAAGACCUGUCCAUGGUUCAGGACUACAGGCAGGCUCAGGUAGAGAGACUGGAGAUGAGAGUUGUGGCUCCUCUAAAAGCCUAUGGAGACAUAGUCAAAAAUAAAAGAGCAGAUCUGAAGAAGUUCAGCACUGAUCUGAACAGAGAGCUGAAGGAGCUACAGAAACUGGAAAAACUCAGACUGAGGAACCCAGCAGAUCGACAGAGCAUUUCUCAGGCAGAAGUAAAUCUUCAAAAGUCUUCCAGUAAAGUCCAGCACAGCAGCAGACAGCUAGAGGACACCAUCACAGAGUUCCAGAAACAGAAAUUGGAGGAUAUCAAAAGGGUUUUCAUGGAUUUCAUCACAGUGGAGAUGCUUUUCCAUGCUAAAGCGCUGGAGGUCUACACACACACAUACCACAACCUGGAGGCAGUGAACACCCAAAAGGAUCUGGAGCUGUUUAGUGGGCGGAUCAAGAUGUCUGACUCUGCGCAUGUGGACAGCCCACUGAGCAGCCGCUCUUCUCCCCUCAUGAGCCGCUACCCCAGUCCUCUUCUGGCUUCCCACAGAGGCCAAAGCUUCAGGCCAAAGCAGGUCUUUGCCCCAGGCCAAAACCAGAGACAGCAACACAGCCAGUACCCGGAGGCAGCCAGGAGCUCUCACAGUGUCUUACAGCGCCAGAGAGGCAUGGAGGAGGAGGAGGAGGAUGAAGAAGAAGAAGAAGAAGAGGAAGAAGAGGAGGAGAUGGAUGAAUCUGAUGUAGAGGGAGGUCAGCACAUAAGCAGGCAGUCUUAUGCUGCUCAGUACACCCAGAUGUACAGAUGGCAAAAGUAAUAGCCUGUGCAUGGAAACAUGCACAUAUACACAGAGUAGAUGAAAGCAUUGUGUUGUUAUAGUACUGUUUAUAGUUUCUCCCAUUUUGCGAUAUUAGCAGUGUAACACUGAAUGCACUGAAGCUUGUUUUGUUCAGACAUAAUUGUUCUAUUCACUUAUAAUCAACCCAACAAACUAAUGAUGGAUCGAGUUAAUCUGAUAAGUUAUAGUUUCAUUUCAAAAUAUUUUUUCCAAGUUAGAGAUGCAACAUAAAACUCACACCUGCAGGUUACUCACUUCAUAAAGGACACACCAUUUCCUACAUUGAAAGAGGACAGAAACAGUGAUGUGCAGAAUCAUCCAAUAUCAGACUUGUUUGUUUUUAUCAUGAAGCAUGUUCUGAAAUGUGGAAAAUAAAAACAUUUCAUCAGAUGUUAUGGUUUGAGUGGCUUUUCCUUCUUUUUCCAAAGCUUGUAAGUUGAUUGCUGUUUUGGAAUAUCUCAGCUACAUUUUUGUGAAUACAAGGAUGCAACAGAAUACAUCAUCUCAGGUGCUGGCGGCCAGAUAUGAUAAGUUUAGUCAAAAAGAAUGACCCAAAUGUAGAC